UAGGCUUACAGUUUUUAAAAUGAAUCUACUGUCUUUCUUGGGCUUCUUGGUGGCCGUCUGUGCUUCUUUGUGUUCUGCCGAAAAGAUAACUGCAGAAAUUUUGGAAAAAGUAGUUGUGGGUGACAUAAUUGAGGGCUGUAUGAUCAAGAAGUACGGAAUCAAAGAGCAAGAUGCCCGAGAUGUUAAAACCCUUCCUAAAGAAAGAAAAAGAUUAGUGCAGAUGUGUCUCUUGCAUUGCAUGAUGGAAAAGGGGUCCUUCAUUAUAAAUGGCAAGAUCAAUCCAUCCAAGCUAAGACAAAGCUUGGGCGAUAACCUGACUCCGGCGAAAAUGGAGUCCGUAAAAAAAGCAGAAGAGCAGUGUCAUUCGAUGCAAUAUACUAAAAAGUGUGAAUUGGGUGUUCAAUUAUUACAUUGUUACCAGAAAACUGGAAAUAAAAUCGGAUAAAUUGACUUCUUAAAAGAAAACGUGAAAACAAAGAGGUAACGUAAUGCUUUAAUAAACUAUUUAAAAAUUAUAAAAUAAAUAGAUCAAAAACCUAAA